CGAUGUUUUGGCCAAAGUUAGCUAACAAAAAAUCAAUAUAAUAAUCAAAGCAUAAAGUAACAACUUCUGUAGCUCAUGCUGACUCUUUGUGCCCCAAAACUUAUAGAUUAAGUCACGACGAUUCCUUUUCGAGGAACUGCCCAAGUAUUGCCGGCGAUCUUAUCGUUUUAAAAAAUAUCGAUACUAUCGAUAGUGACAUCGAUGUUUUUGCAUCCCAACUGCUGAUGAAUGAACGAAGUGCGGUGGAGUAAAAGCGUAAAACACGGCAAAAGAAUUCGCAAACCAGCAGGAAAAAGAUCAAGAGAUCGCGGAGAGUAGCCUAAAGGACCAAAUAUAUCGUCGUCCUUUCCGCCGGCCACAAUGGGAGUCUAGUGUUUUUGCGGCAGGUUGUGCGCGUUUGUGUGUGCGUGGUAAGGGCGCAGUAGCAGUUGUAGUUGUGGGCGAGUGCGUGUAGUAGUAGUACGAACGAGCGUGCAAGGCGACCACGAAAACAAAAAGAAAAGAAAUCCAGUUUUUGUUUAAAUCGAAAAUCUGCUUGGAAAUUUUGGAAAAUGAAUGCGUAGAUGUGAGGGCCGGACGGGCAUUGGCAUGCGAUUGCAGCUUCUUGCGGCGGCGGAGGCAGUGAACCUACCUGGCGGAGCUGAGUCGAAGUCGCACUUGCGCUUGCACCACUUCCUCCACCACCCGAUUCCGAUCCCGUAAUGCUGCUGGCCGCAGCCGGUCUGCCGGCCUACGAUGCCGGAAAACUGAACAGCGGCGCCGGAUCUGGAAGCGUUGGUUCCGGCGGAGGCGGCACUCCCACCACAUCAUCAGUCGCCUCUCGCCCCAGUGCUGCCAGUGCGCUGAUGAAGACGCUGUCUGUGCGCCUGCAUCGCGGCACCGAGUUCAUCAAGGACACCGUUCAGAAGGCCCUGGUGAUGUCGGCACCCACGCCAGUGGCCUCGGUUCCUUCUGCUUCUGUUGCUCCCCUCGCCACCGCAAAGCUCCAGGACCAGCAGGGUCUGAAACGCAAACUGAGCGGCGCCGGCGGCUUGAUGGGCUGCAGCGGCAUCAGCAGCAUCACCUCGAUAUCCGCCAGCACAAGCCGCCCCCACUACGUUCUGGCCCCUGCGACACACUCCACUCCACAAGUGCAGCCCAACGUGCCCACCGCCGCCUUCCUGCGCACCUACACGGUAGCUCCCACAGCACUGCACCGAUCGGCGGAUGCCCGGAAGCGGAAUCCCAGCACCGACAGCCUGCUCAUGGACCUGUGCCUCUUUAAGCCCAUACGACCCAUGCCCAUAACGCCAAUUAAAAUCAAUAAAUUUCGCAGUUUUGAACUGAAGAGACCCAAAUUUGUUCCCGCUGGGAAUCCAGAUAGCGAGGAUGACGACGAAGACGACGACGAUGAGUUAGUCCACAAACCAAAGCUCAGCAACGUGACAUUGCCAACAAACAAGAACUCGGCGUUCGUUCCUAUGCCGUAUGUAGAAACCACCAGCACCGCCAUCAUCGCCACAAACCCCAGCAGCAGCAACACCACCACCACUACCAGCAGCAGGAGCAGAUCUCGCUCCCACAACACACUCACCUCAGGCUCUGCACAUGCCAUUACGAACACAAAGCCAAAGCGUCGUCGUCGCGCCCCCAAGGCCACGGCCAAAAGACGUAAGGCACCACAAAUGAAAUCCACCUCUCCAGCUGAUGGAGGAACUGAAGCCAAGGUACCGGCCAAACGCAAGGCAGCGGCUUCCGCAGCAACUGGAGAAGCAAAACGCAGCCGUGGUGAAUCCAUCGCUUCAAACACUCCGCAAAUUACCACUCCCGCUGAGGUCAAAAAAGGUCCGACCAAACGCAAGGCGAAUUCUGGAAGUGGAAAUGCCAAACGUAGCCGUGGCGGCUCUCCACAAACAACCACAUCCACCUCUUCAACCGAUGGCGCAACUGCAGUUAAUACCAAACUCAAACGCAAGGCAGCAACUGGAAAAGGAGCUUCUGCUAAACGCAGUCGUGGAUCAUCUGAAGCCUCGCCGCCAGUGAGUCGCCCCUCGCCGCCGAUGACACGUCUGCGAGCCCGUCAACAGAUCUCCGCCAACAAAUAAACAUAGACGCGAAAGUCGAUAUGGCAGAAACCCCAGAAGUAAGAAUAGUAAUAGAAUAGUAACAGAGUCGAGUGUCGCAAUAGCUGUCGCGGCUCGAGUGCGGGGACUCGCUCUAAGGUCUAAGUCUUUUGGUUCCAGUUACUGUGUAUGUGUAAACAUGUUGCGUCUUUUCUGGGAAAGGCGUAAACAAGUGUAAGAUUAGCCAGUAAUAAUGUAAAGUACACUUUAGCUCAACUCUCGUUUUGAUCCAAUUUGUGCAAUCUGAAUACGCGGGGCAAAGGAGUCCCCGGGUUUCUCCAGUUUCACUUGCUUUGAGUAAAUGUGUUACAGAAUUCUGGUUUGGUCUUCAAGACUGAUGAUAUAACAAAGCAGACACUACGAAUAUAAUAAUGGUACAGAAUGAUAUAUGUAUGCAAAAUGAAAAUUGAUUAGUUCAUGCGUAGUCCUCAUACAAAAAGUCCUCAUCAAGAAGAAAAGUAUUAAAUGUAUAAAGAAAAUUGUAAAAGUUAAGCCAUUCCCGCGAUACUGAUAUUUCAACAGAAACAAACCCUUUAUGUUAA